CCCCGCCCCGGCCCUGGGAUCCAGACCCAGCGGCCCCCUCCCGUCGCCCGCGCAGUCUUGACAAGCUCCGUCAUCAGGGGUAAACUGAGGCCCCGCCAUGUGCGGCAUCUGGGCGCUGUUUGGCAGCGACGAGAGCCUGCCGGCGCAAUGCCUGAGCGCCAUGAGGAUCGCCCACCGGGGCCCCGACGCCUUCCGCUUCGAAAAUGUGCGCGGCUUCACCAACUGCUGCUUCGGCUUUCACCGGCUGGCCGUGGUGGACCCCGUGUCCGGCAUGCAGCCCCUCCGUCUGCAGAAGUUCCCCUCCCUGUGGCUGUGCUACAACGGCGAGAUCUACAACCACCGGCAGCUACAGAAGCACUUUGGGUUUGAGUACCAGACGCAGGUCGAUGGGGAGAUCCUCCUCCAUCUUUACAACAGAGGUGGCAUCGAGCAGACGGCCCCCAUGCUGGACGGUGUGUUCGCCUUCAUCCUGCUGGACACUGCCAACCGCAAGGUGUUCCUGGGCAGGGACACGUUCGGCGUCCGACCGCUGUUUAAAGUGCUGACGGAUGAAGGAUUUCUGGCCGUGUGCUCAGAAGCCAAAGGCCUGGUCGACCUGAAGCACCCCACGGCUCCCCACCUUCAGAUCGACCCCUUCCCUCCCGGCCAUUAUGAAGUCCUGGACCUGAAGACCAGUGGGAAGGUGGCAUCUGUGGAGAUGGUGAAGUUUCACAGCUGCAAGGACCUGCCCCUCCACACCCUCUAUGACCCGCUGGAGAAGCUGUCCUCAGGCUUUGAUCUCCAAGUGGUGAAGGGUAACAUCAGACUGCUCUUUGACCACGCCGUGCGGAAGCGCUUGAUGACUGACCGCAGGAUCGGCUGCCUCCUGUCAGGUGGUCUGGAUUCUAGCUUGGUGGCCGCCACGCUCCUGAAGCAGCUGAAGGAAGCAGGAGUCUCCUACCCACUCCAGACAUUCGCCAUCGGCAUGGAAGACAGCCCAGAUCUGUUGGCUGCUCGGAAGGUGGCGGCUCAUAUUGGGAGCGAGCACCAUGAGGUCCUCUUCAGUUCGGAGGAGGGCAUCCAGGCCCUGGACGAAGUCAUCUUCAGCCUGGAGACGUAUGACAUCACAACUGUCCGAGCGUCCGUUGGCAUGUAUCUGGUUUCUAAGUACAUCCGGAAGAACACGGACAGCGUGGUUGUCUUCUCCGGAGAAGGUUCUGAUGAGCUCACUCAGGGUUAUAUUUAUUUUCACCAGGCGCCGUCCGCCGAGGACGCCCAGGAGGAGAGCGAGAGGCUUCUGAAGGAGCUCUAUCUCUUUGACGUCCUGCGUGCCGACCGCACCACAGCCGCGCACGGCCUAGAGCUGCGGGUCCCAUUUCUGGAUCACAGAUUUACCUCCUAUUACCUGUCCCUGCCCCCGGAGCUCCGGAUCCCAAAGAACGGGGUUGAGAAACAUCUUCUGAGAGAGGCGUUUCAGGACUCCAACCUGUUGCCCAAAGACAUUCUCUGGCGGCCGAAGGAAGCCUUCAGUGAUGGAAUCACUUCUGUCAAGAAGUCCUGGUUCACCAUCCUCCAGGAGCACAUCGAGCAUCAGGUCUCCAACUCCUUGCUGGAAAAUGCUGCCAAAAGGUUCCCACUGAACACUCCCAAGACAAAGGAAGGCUACUACUACCGGCAGAUAUUUGAGAGGCACUACCCUGGCCGCGCAGACUGGCUGACGCACUACUGGAUGCCCAAGUGGAUCGAGGCUGCUGACCCGUCUGCCCGCACGCUGGCUCACUACAAGUCAGCCGCCAAGGAAUAGCCCUUGUGCGUGCAAACGAUCUGACGCUUUCUUCUUGGAGGCGGGUGGGGGCCAACACUCCAUGGGUCUGUACAAAUCCAGCCCAAUAAAGUUUUCCGCCAGAUGCCAAGCA